GUUUGGGGUUUUCCCUAGGAUGCCGCCUUCUGAUAUAGAAGGAUUGCAGUUCCUCUUCGCUGAGGAGUUCCCGGCUGAGCAGGAGCAGCAAUGUAUCUAUGGGUUAAUGAGACGAAAGCACAUGUCCAGGGAGGAGGCGCUAGGAGUUCACCCAAAAUACGAACAGCAAUUGUGUCUGCUACGGUCUGAAGAGGGUUUGAGGAGAUUACUCGCGAGCAGCCGAAGUGGCAUCACUCAAUACAGACGGCAGCAGACCAACGCUACGUGUGGUGUAGCGUCGAUGGCUAUGGUGUUAGCUUCUGUCAGUGGUAGGAUGCUCAGUGAUGAGGCUAUGCUGGAUGAGGGAAUCUUCGCUGUGCGCAAAGAUACUCUGAUGAGGGAAGGGAUGACACUGGUCCAGUUACACGACAGUUGCCGUCGAAUGGGAUGGGAUACGGUGAUUGCGAGACCGCGUAGUGUGACAGAGUUGGAGAAUCUUCUUGCGCACAGCGAAGAUUUGUUGAUUCUGAAUUAUGAUAUGACUGCGGCUGGGCAGGUCCCUUGGGGAGGGCAUUUUGCGCCUAUUGGAGGGUAUCACGAGGAGACCGGUAGCGUGUUAGUGUUGGAUCCUUGGCCCUACACAGAGCCUGUGUGGAUUGAUUUAGAGAAGAUCGUUGGGUCGACACAAGGGUGUGAUAAGAAGUCAGGAGAACCCAGAGGGAUACUCAGAAUUGCAGUAUCACGGGUAUCCUCGGUAAUCUGCUCUGACUUUACAGCAAGGUCUGAUACUACUGGGAAGCGCCACGUGUUGCAAAACUCAGCAACAGUUGGAGAUUUUUGAAGUCGUCAUUCAUGAGCGCUCUCAGUUUC